AUGGUGUCGCUCGAGAUCUGCGGUAUUCCCGUGGAAUUUCCGUUCCGACCGUAUGACUCACAGCUUGUAUAUAUGGAAAAAGUUGUACUUUCACUCAUGUCCAAGCAAAACGCAAUUCUUGAGAGCCCCACAGGCACCGGCAAGACACUGUGUCUUCUUUGUGCAACGCUGGCCUGGCGUCAAGAGCUACAGAAAAAGCUGAAGACAAGCACAUUAGUACCGACAAAAUGUUCAAUUGCAUCACUUGGCUACGAGGGCUACGAUAGCAGUGAAGAGAGCAUAGUUCCGCAGUUACCACGGAUCAUUUACUCAUCCAGAACGCACUCGCAGUUGAAACAAGUGGUUCAAGAACUAAAGAAUACGUCGUAUCGCCCCAAUGUUGCAGUUCUCGGCUCUCGUGAACAUCUCUGUGUGAAUGAUAAGGUGUCGAAGCUCCGAGGCACACGACAGAACCUUGCGUGUCGUUCUACAUGCAAGGACAGGAGAUGUAAUUACAAGCUAGGCUUUGAUAUCUAUGCCAAGAGAUCGAGGAAGCAAGCACAGCCAAUUAUGGAUAUUGAGGAGCUUGUGACGUCGAUGAAGGAGAAAAGUAUUUGCCCCUUCUUUCUCACCAGAAAUAUGCUACCUGAAGCUGAAAUUGUAUUUGUGCCAUACAAUUACCUGAUUGACCCCUUGGCCCGUCGAUCUAUUGGUAUGUCCCUCGACAACUCGAUUCUUAUAUUCGACGAGGCACACAAUGUGGAAACGAUCGCGAGCGAUGCAGCAUCUUAUGCGCUGUCGUCAAACGACAUUUCUGGAUGUAUUUCUGAGAUCGACACUUUUAUAAAAGCGUUGGGUAAUAAUACCAUACAACUUGAUGAAGGUAGCAAUUUGACAACGGAGUCUAUUCAAACAUUACGAGCACUAUUUCUAGAAAUUGAUAAAAGUCUCAAGGGUUUUCCACUUUCUGCAAACGGAGGGUUUACAAAACCGGGGCAGUACAUAUUCGAGUUUUUUGAACAGUUUAACGUGAACUUUGAGACGUGCCCACUUGUUCUAAACAUGAUAGAAGAAAUUAUCGAAGUAGCGCACGGUAGUGAUGACUCGCAACGAGCUGCAUCUAGACUCGAUUCAAUACUUUCGUUUUUGGGCACUGUUUUCAGAAGCAAGGAACAGCACUUGAAGACGGCACAGAAUUAUCGAGUCCAUAUUCAAGAGAUUCGAGAGAGACCAUUAAACACCGAACGCCUAUUUAAGGGUGAAUAUCGAAACAAGACGACCACCCGUGUAUUUAACUACUGGUGCUUCCACCCUGGGAUUGCAUUUCGUGAAAUUUGCGCCAACAAUAUUCAUAACGUCAUUUUGACCAGCGGAACACUUUCUCCGCUGGAUACAACAGUCAAAGAGCUUGGCAUCGACUUUCCGGUACGAUUAGAGAAUAGCCACGUGAUCGAUGCUAGCCAGGUAUGGGUUGGUGUAGUGGGCACCGGAGUGACUGGCAAGCGCCUUAAUUCAAGCUACAACUUCCGAUCGACAGAAGCGUAUUUGUUGGAGCUCGGCAAUACGAUAUAUCGACAAGUGGCAGCAACGUGUACCGGAGGAAGAUUGGAUUUCAAGAUGGUAGUUGAUGAAUAUCAUCAAACUAUUGCAAACGAUCCAAGAGGCGCAAUCUUUUUUGCGGUCUGUCGAGGGAAGGUGAGCGAAGGCAUUGAUUUUUCAAACGACAAAGGUCGUGCGGUCGUUAUCACUGGUUUACCUUUUCCUCCAACAAAAGACCCCAGAAUUAUUUUGAAGAAAAGCAUUUUAGACGAAGCAGUAGUCCAUCCGGGCGAAUUGAAGUUGACAGGAAACGCGUGGUAUAUUCAACAAGCAUCGCGAGCUGUGAAUCAAGCUAUUGGCCGUGUCAUUCGUCAUCGUCAUGACUUUGGAGCAAUCAUCCUUUUAGACGAAAGGUUUGCUCUAAAGCAGCAACAGGAGUGCCAUUCGAAAUGGCUGCAGCCCUAUUGCCACACUUGCAGUGGAUAUGGUGAAGCGCACAUUGGCUUAACUCGAUUUUUUAGAACCAACAAGUUAAGAGGUGAAUCAGAAUCAUCGACGAAAGUGCUGCAGCAGCCUAAAUCGAUUGGUUUGUCUGGAAGAGGAAAAGCCCAGUCACCAAUGGCAAGAUCAGACGGCGUAUUAAAGGAUGUAAGCCAACAGCCAAAUUCUCCGCCUGAAGUGCAGUCAAAUUCACAAAUCGCGAUCGGAGAUGGCCAGUCUUAUGUUGAUCCACAAGUCCUCCGGCGUAUACCAGACCCAUCGAUAACGUCAGAAGAUAAAAAAAAAUCUGAUAUACUUGCAAGAUCGAGACCACUUGCACCUCAGAAACGCUCGCUCGGGUCACUGUUGAUGUCCAAAUCGAAAUCUGCAAUGGUAGACAUGACUUCGUCAAUUUCACGCCCAUUUACGGCGUCAACGCCAUCAACUGUCAAUUGCAAUACUGAUAGUGCUGAUAGUGCUACAACGUUUGGCGGCAUCGACGCGCAGUCGUGGCAUAGCGCAAGGCAGGAGUUUGCAGCGAAUCAAAAUGCGGUUAUUACCGUUUCAAAUGUGGAAAGCAGCACGACGUCUACAGUCGAAUUUCCAGCAGUGGCACGAAAAGUUCUUUCGGCUUCAGACGUGCUGGAAUUGUACAGCUACAUUCGACAGCUUCAUGCUGGGGAAGACGUGGAUGCUGCACUUAAAAACAUUUGUACUUUGUUGCGCGAUCCGGCUUGUAAAGAGCUCCUUGAUUUAAUGCCAAUAGUAUUAAAUGGCGAGCUCGGUAAUCGGUUUAUUGAGGAAGCCAAAGUCCAUGGAUUAAAGGUGUCAGUGAUAGAUGGAAAGUCUCGGGGCAAUUCAGCUGAAGGACGGCCUACAAACGUGACGACAUUUUUUGAGAACCUGCAGCAAAAAAAGCGUAAACGUCAGCGAGGAGAUGCAACGACUGGUGCUUUUGUAAGGAAUCCGCAAUGUUUUGUAUGCUAUGACAUAACCCUCAAAGCGUAUGCCUCUCCAUUGUGUGGUCAUAUCUGCUGUCAAAUUUGUUGGAAAAAAAUGGAGAAAGAUGGGUUUACAUCUUGCCCUGUGUGCAAGAUUCCAAUCAAGCUACAACAGCUUAGUUUGAUUCGAGCAGCUAAAAUAGAGUCUGAAUCUGAUAGAGUUGACGGACAAUAG